AUGACAGCACAGGCACUACAAAGCCCGUCGAUGGACUCCAGCCAUGAAUCGGCUCAUCUCGCCACGAGCUAUGCGGAAUGUAUGCGUAGCUUGGACAGUUUUUAUGGUCAAGUGAAACGGCAAAUUCUGCGCUUUCAAUCGCCCACCACCGGACUGUUCCCCUCAAUGUCAAAUGAGACAGAGGAAGCCUACAUUCUCGACUCCAUAUUUUGCGCCAGUGCCAUUUGGGCGACCUAUCAAGCUUACCAUCGACUGAUUGACGAUGACCAUGGAGCGGGGUACGGCCUUGGCCAGUCGGCUGUCAAGUGUAUGCGGGGAAUUUUGAUGUCGUGGAUGAGGCAGUCAAAGGACAAAGUGGAGGCAUUCAAAGCUAAUCAAAGUCCUCGACAUGCUCUAGCUUCCAAAGUGAACCUAGUGACGGGACUGCCGAUAGCCAAUGAGGACGAGUACGGCCACCUUCAGUUGGAUGUCAUCUCCCUGUACCUGCUCUUUCUCUCGCAGAUGAUCAAUUCAGGCUUGCAGAUCAUUUACACAAUGGACGAAGUUCACUUUGUUCAGAACUUGGUCUACUACGUCGAGCGAGCCUACCGAACGCCUGACUUUGGGAUGUGGGAGCGCGGCUCAAAGUACAAUGACGGCACACCGGAGAUUCACGCCUCCUCCAUUGGCAUGGCCAAGUCGGCACUAGAGUCCAUCAAUGGCUGCAAUCUAUUUGGUGAUAAGGGCGCCUCAUGGAGCGUCAUUUACGUUGACAUUGACGCACACUCGAGAAAUCGAAGUACAUUCGAGACACUGCUUCCUCGGGAAUCGAGCUCGAAGAACACUGAUGCUUCUCUCCUGCCAACCAUCAGUUGGCCAUGCUUUGCAACGCACGACAUUGGUCUGUAUCAGCACACCAAGGAGAAGGUCAUCAGUCGACUAAAGACGCCAUACGGCUUCAAACGAUUUAUCCGUGAUGGCUAUGGCACAGUACUUGAAUCUCAAGGUAAAACAUCUGUUCUUUCUUCGAGGCACUACAAGAGCGGAGAGACUAAAAAUUUUGAGAACAUUGAGUGCUCCUGGCCAAUCUUCUGCUGCUUCCUCAUCAUUGACGCCAAGUUUAAAAACAAUGAACAGCAACUGCAGGAGUACCGAAGCAUGCUCUUUGAAAAGCUUCUGAAACGAGAGCCCAACUACGGCGACUACAUAAUGCCUAAAUACUAUUUUCCCGACUCUGAUGGCACCUCCUACAACUCAAUGUACCUGAUGGGUCAGUCGGUGUUGCUCAUCACCCAACUGCUGCUCGGCGGUCUGCUGCAGGUGCACGAACUCGACCCUCUGCGUCGCUACACGCCCAGCUACGAGCGCAAUCGCAAGAUGGGCAGAUACUCGGUCUUUCAGGGUACGGCAUCUGAUUUAGUCGUUCAGGUGGUUCUCAUUGCCGAAUCGAUUCGACUGCAAGCGAUGAUGGCCACCUAUGGAAUACAAACUCAAACGCCGCUUGAGGUAGAGCCAGUCCAGAUUUGGCCACCUUCACAACUGGUCAAGGUUUACGAGUACCUGGGCGUGAACCGCAAACUAGGCCUAAAAGGCCGUCCACCACGACCCAUUGGCUCGUUGGGCACCAGCAAACUGUACCGCAUAAUGGGCCAAACCGUCCUCUGUUACCCGUUGAUUUUUGAGAACUCUGACUUUUACCUGUCACACGAUAUGGCUCUGCUGAUCGACGACAUCAAGAAUGAGCUCAACUUUGUGGGCAAGUACUGGAGAAUGAGUGGCCGGCCGACGGUGUGUCUUAUUCUGCGUGAAGAGCACCUGCGGGAUGCCAAUUUCAAAGAGAUGCUUGACCUGCUGGUGGAAUGCAAAAAUGGCUGCCUUAAAUCGUCAGGGCUGAAGGUGAAGAUCGGCCGACUGCAGAAUCUGAUCAGCUCCUCUUGUGUUGAGCACCUCGACUUCUUUCACAUGCUCGCUCAGGAGGAGCUGCCCACGCUGCAGUCCUUUCGCCAGCUGGAGCACACAUACGGUCUCGGCUACCAGUCACUGACGCACAUCCCCAAGGCCAUCUUCUACUCUGAGCCAAUCGAGGUGGACUACAAGGCCUUCGACACAAAGCCCACCUGGCCAGACGUGAUGGAGGCGCUGAAGAACUGCAACACACUCUACGGACAGAGCCAGCUGCUCUACAUUUUGCUCAAACGUGAGGGCCUCAACCUGGUGCUACCCUUUGGCACCACCGUCCAGGAGCACAUUGUGAAGGUGGCACGACAGGCCGGUGCCCUGCGCUACUGGUCGGUGGUUCGCUUCUGCAGUUCAAUUCUCAAGAAGCAAGUGGACUCCAUCUCCCCAAAUAUCACCAAUAUUCUGGUGUGUGGCAAGCAAAUCUCACUGGGCACAGGGCCCGGUGAGGUGCUAAUCGACCACCCGAAGACGCCCAAUGAGAUCCACGGGCUGAUUUAUCGUCCGGAGCAGGACGUGUACGAGUCAGUGCUGCAGCAGGAGAUCAUCAUCUACGCUGGACGGCUGGUCGCCACUUCGCCGCACCUUUUCGAUGGAAUCUUUCGCAUUCGAGUCGGUGCGGGCUUGAUUCAGGCCAUGCGAUUCUACCUGAUGUACAAGCAGGAGGACGAGUCGGGCACAAUGGAGCUGGAGUCACUUUCGCCCAGUCACGUUCGGCGCCUGCUGUAUCGGGUUCUCACUGACAGCAACCUGCUGCCCCAUCAGAAGCGGCAGAUUGAUGGCUCACUAGGCCGAUUUCCGAAGCACUUUUGCGAUAAAGUAUGGGACAUUCUCCAGAGAACGUCAGUCGGGAUCUCCGUGGGCAAUUAUCACCUUGAUUCGAGGGCGAUUCUCAGCAUGCUUUCUCAGCAUGAUCUUAGCUUCAUUGUCAAAGUUGAGGAGUUUAUCUCGCAAAUCCCCGCCCCUGAGUAUCGUCAAAUUCUUGUUGAGCUUUUGAUGGUCAUACACGUGAUUCUGGAGCGAAAUCCCGAGUUUAUGUUUAGCUUUAACCAGACCGUCGACCUGGACAAGGGUAACGAAGCAUCUCUGCCAAUGGAAAUGUGUUCCAACUUUGACGCUGAUGAGAUCAAAAGGCUAGGCAAGCGUUUUCGCAAGCUCGACCUUGACAACUCGGGAUCUCUCAGCAUCGACGAGUUCAUGUCAUUACCUGAGCUUCAGCAGAAUCCACUAGUGCAAAGAGUGAUCGACAUAUUCGACACUGACCGAAACGGAGAGGUGGACUUCAAAGAGUUCAUUCAAGGCGUGUCGCAGUUCAGCGUCAAAGGCGACAAGGAGUCGAAGCUGAGGUUCGCCUUUCGCAUCUACGACAUGGACAAUGAUGGCUUCAUCUCCAACGGCGAGCUCUUCCAAGUGCUGAAGAUGAUGGUGGGCAACAACCUGAAGGACACACAGCUGCAGCAGAUUGUCGACAAGACGAUUCUCUUUGCUGACAAGGACGAGGACGGCAAAAUAUCCUUUGAAGAGUUCUGCAAUGUGGUCGGCAACACGGACAUUCACAAGAAGAUGGUCGUCGACGUCUAA